AAAGUCUUCACUUUUAAGACAACUCUCGAAGAACUCAACCAAUUGUCACCACAAGAGGUCCACAGACUUGAAGAACUCGAGAGCGAACUCAAUGUCAUUAUCAAUGAAACACAACAUAAGAGGAAGUGGUCUCCAGAAGAGACAUCAUUUCGAGAGAAUCCAAGAGUCGGAUCAGAUGUCAACACACGUGUGGAUCACAUGACUGUCGCCACCACUGGUUGGCCGCCAAUUGAGAGACAAACACAUGAUAUGAAUGAAGAUAUCAAUGUAUCAGAUGAUGACAUAAAGCCUGUACUGACACCUGAAAGCGAUUGCAUUUCAUUGUCUGCAACUCAAGAGAUGUCGAGUAUUGACAAUACUGUAGACAAUGUGUCGAUUGUUAAGACAUCACUCGUAUUGAGUGGUAAUAGAGUUCCCGAACAGCAAAACAGAGGCAAUCGUUUGUGUCUCAAGUUUUCAAAGGAUUUUCUAAGAUUUAGACAGAUAGAGAUGUCGAGUAUUGACAAUACUGUAGACAAUGUGUCGAUUGUUAAGACAUCACUCGUAUUGAGUGGUAAUAGAGUUCCCGAACAGCAAAACAGAGGCAAUCGUUUGUGUCUCAAGUUUUCAAAGAAUUUUCUAAGAUUUAGACAAUUGUCGGCACAGAAGAGGAAGUGGUGUUCAGAUAAUGUGGAUUUGAAUGACGAGAGGAAUGAAGACAUAAAUGCCAUCACUUUGAAUGAAGAUAUGAUGUCUAGGGAUGAGUUGGCCGUCACUGACAGCCAUAACAAGACAUCACUUGCCAUACAAUCGACAACAUCUCACAAACCAUCGGUUGAUAACAACAAAGCCCUACGCGUAAAACGAGUGACCGUUGGAACAGCUUUGGUAUCACAACCGACGACAACAAUCGAAGAGACAAUUGUGUCAAACAGUGCUAUCAUUAAUCCAUUGGCUGUCAAUACUGUGAACACAUGUAAACAAUACCCAACACCUCAGCCGUACUCUACAAACCCUGUAACUGCUGAGAAGACAACUCUGGGGUUAAAAAAGUUUUGUGAACAGAAGUUUGUUUGCACUCACGAGGGCUGUGGCCGUGAAUUCCUGAGGCCUCGCGAUCGGCUCUUUCACAUUAAAUACAUGCACUCAUUCGCAGCCGAAGACAAAUCUAUAUUAAAGCAGUUCCAGUGUCCGCACGACGACUGCGAUCGGGUUUUCAAAUAUGAAGGUUUGUUACAGAGACACGUGGAUGACGGGCACUCGACCCGUGAGUAUCGGUGCGAUUGGCCCGACUGUCAGUUCUGGACACAUACAGAAUGUUUGCUCGACAAUCAUCGACUCGUUCACAGCGAAGAUAAGCCGUUUGAGUGCCAGUGGCCGGGAUGUGACUACAGGGCAAAGACUAAGUACGCAAUGACUUUUCAUGUCAAACAUAAACACCUCUCCGAUCCGUUGGCCUGCGAUUGGUCCGAAUGUGGCCGAAGUUUUGCGUUCAAAACUCAAUUGAUAAAACAUAUGUCUGUUCACAAGGGAUUGGUUCCAUCGGUAUCACAAUCACUCGAUAAACCCUUUGUAUGCGCUCACGAAGAAUGCGGCCAACGGUUCGCCACCAAAAUCCAAUUCAAUCGUCACGUGACAGCCGCGCACCCGACGGACCGGCCGUUUGCCUGCGAUUUCCAAAACUGUGGCAAACGUUUCAAAACUAGAAAUGCAUUAAUUAUACAUAAAAAGGUCGUUCACUUGACUGUCGGCCAGCAGUUCCGGUGCCCGAAGCCGGGCUGUGGCCGAGCCUUCAAAACUAAUUUGAUUUUGCGCGGACACUUGAAUGGCGUGCACUCGACCCGUGAGUAUCGGUGCGAUUGGCCCGACUGUCAGUACCGGACACAUACACAGCCAUUGUUAGACAUGCAUCGACUCAUUCACAGUGAGGACAAGCCGUACGCGUGUGAUUGGCCCGCGUGUCAGUACACUGGCCGUAGUUAUGCUCAGUUAAAUGCCCAUAAAAAGACUCACGAAGACAAUAGACCGCUGGCCUGUGAUUGGCCCGAAUGUGGCCUACAUUUUAAGACUACACUCCGUUUAAAGGAACACAUGAUUGUUCACAAAGGAUUGGUUCCACCCGUCAAUCAAUCGGCCGACACAUCCUAUGUAUGCGCUCACGAAGACUGCGGCCAACGUUUCGCCACCAAAAUCCAAUUCAAUCGUCACGUGACAGCCGCGCACCCGACAGACCGGCCAUUUACGUGCGAUUAUGAAAACUGUGGCAAACGUUUCAAAACUAGAAAGACAUUAAUGAAUCACAAAAGGGAAGUCCACUUGACUGUCGGCCAGCAGUUCCGGUGCCCGGAGUCGGGCUGUGGCCAAGCCUUCAAAACUAAAUUGAUCUUAAGAGCACACUUGAAGAACUCGCACUCGACCCGUGAGUAUCGGUGCGAUUGGCUCGACUGUCAGUACCGGACACAUACACAGCCAUUGUUAGACAUGCAUCGACUCAUUCACAGUGAGGACAAGCCAUACGCGUGUGAUUGGCCCGGAUGUGAGCAGAGGACCCGCACUUAUGGUCAGAUAAAUGCCCAUAAAAAGAGUCAUUCAGACAAUGGACUGCUGCUGGCCUGUGAUUGGCCCGGAUGUGAGUACACGGCCCGCACUAAGAGCCAAAUAAAGAUUCAUCAAGUGAUCCAUAGCGACGACAUGCCCUACGUCUGUGAUUGGCCGCAAUGCGAGUAUAGGGGCCGCAGUAAGCGUCGACUUAAUGCACACAAGAAGAUCCACGAUGAUAAUAAACCCGUGGCCUGUGAUUGGCCCGCGUGUGAGUACAGGUGCCGUACAGUUGAUGCUAUGAAAUCGCAUCGACUGAUCCAUACGGAUGAGCGGCCGCACGCCUGUGAUUGGCCCGAUUGUGGCAAACGGUUUAAGUCAAAAAACAUGCUCAGAGACCAUGUGGUGGUCCACACGGGCCCAGACAUGCGGUGCGAUGUGAAGGGCUGUGAGUUUAAGACCAGACAUAGAAAAGUCUUCACUUUUAAGACAACUCUCGAAGAACUCAACCAAUUGUCACCACAAGAGGUCCACAGACUUGAAGAACUCGAGAGCGAACUCAAUGUCAUUAUCAAUGAUAAACAACACAAGAGGAAGUGGUGUCCAGAAGACACACCAUUGAGAGAUAAUCCAAGACUCGGAUCAGAUGUCACUACACGUGGAGUUGACGUGACUGUCAACAGCACCGGUCGUCCGAUAAAAUAUGAAACACAAACGUGUGAUACAAAUGAAGAGAUUGUUAGACCAUAUGAUGCAUCAGUCGAUGACAUCAACCUUUCAGACAACGAACAAAACAAUUCAAUUGUGAUGUCCUGUGAAAGCGAUACCAAACCAUUGAUUACUCAUCACCUCAUGUCUGGAACCGACAGCACAUGUAAUACUAUUUGCGAUCAACCCUUUGAGUCUAACAAAGAUCUCGGGCCACACGUGCGGACACACGCGACGGACGAUCACAUCCAGACACUGAUUGCCACAAAAUCUAAGUUUCGGUUCAAAUGUUUGGCCGAAGAAUGCCGUAAGAGAUUCAUAGUUAAGACAUCACUCAUUGAACACAUGCUAAACAGUCAUCGAAUAGAAGACACGUAUGAAUGCAAAGAUUGCGAUGCCGUGUGUCUGACCACCGAUGAGAUCAUUAGACACCGACAACGAGAGCAUGUGAUGAAGACAUUUGUGUGCACUCGUGAGUCCUGUGGCGAGAGUUUUAGCGGACAAACGGCUCUUUGGCAACACAUUCAAGACAUUCACACAACGAAUGAUAGACAAAGUGUUGAGAUGGCAGACAAUUGCGACAAUGAAUACUCGGAUUACGACGGAUCUGAUGGUGUGAUCGCAGAAUCAGAUGAUUGCGAACACAAUGACGAAUAUACGGCUGUAAGCGGUGGCCAAUCGCGUGACUUUAAAUGCGAUUACAACGGGUGUAAUAUGACGUUCAAAAGGAGCCCAGAUUUGCUAAGACAUCGGUUCACACACUCGACGGACAAACCGCACAAAUGUCCGGCCGAUGGCUGCGGCUAUCAAUGCAUACGUCGGUGCGAAUUGCGGAUCCAUUUGAAACGGAAACACAGAAACGACAAAAGUUUGAACCAAAUACUCGGAUCAGAUGUCACGACAAGUGAUCAUCGCGUGACUGACACCAGUGGCGGAAGAUCUGAGAGAUCAGUUGACAAACGAUUCAAAUGCACAGUUAAUGGAUGUCAUUAUUCGGGUAAUAGUUUUCAUGAGCGGAACAGACACACGAUUACUACUCAUAAAUCAAAGAACCGGAUCCGUUCGGGUGAUGGUUCUAAGCGUAAAAACGGAAAAAGCUUUAAAUGCGAUUACAAUGGAUGUCAUAAAAGUUUUAAAGAAGGCAGACAUCUCGAAAGGCAUCGGUGGACACACUCGGCGGUCAAACCAUUUAAAUGCACAGUCAAUGGGUGUAUGUAUUCAACUAUUAAUGAAUCUCAAUUAGAGGGCCAUAUUAACAAACACCGGGGUAUUAGGCCUUUUGUAUGCACUCGUGAGGGCUGUGGUAAAGGGUAUUAUAUCAAGCGGUGUUUAAUAAGGCACACGCGUAUCAUUCAUGAAUCAUGA